GCUCAAGAAGGAACGAAUAGAAUACCCUCCCUUUGUUCUUCGCUCAACAGAAAGGAUCGCAACUUUGAAUCAGGAAGCUCAGACCAAUCAGUUGCAGCAGCAGAUCAACGACAAUGGAGUGCGUUUUCGGGUUAGUCGGGAAUGAUUACGCAAUAGUGGUGGCGGAUACCUCCGCCGUGCACAGCAUCUUGGUUCACAAAUCCAACGAGGACAAGAUCAUGGUCCUCGACUCCCACAAGCUCGUCGCCGCCAGCGGCGAGCCAGGCGACAGAGUUCAGUUCACGGAGUAUAUCCAGAAGAACGUGGCUUUGUAUCAGUUCAGGAACGGGAUCCCUCUGACAACAGCGGCUGCAGCCAAUUUCACUCGGGGAGAGCUGGCUACUGCUUUGAGAAAGCAGAAUCCAUACCAAGUGAAUGUUUUGAUGGCUGGGUAUGACAAGGAGAUUGGUCCAUCUUUGUACUACAUUGACUACAUUGCUACCCUUCACAAGGUCGACAGGGGAGCAUUUGGGUAUGGCUCCUACUUCUGCCUCGCCAUGAUGGACAGACACUACCACAGCGGGAUGACCGUGGAGGAAGCGAUCGACCUGGUUGAUAAGUGCAUCCUGGAGAUCCGGUCGAGAUUGGUCGUGGCACCACCAAACUUCGUUAUUAAGAUCGUUGACAAGGAUGGUGCGAGGGAGUAUGCCUGGCGUGAGUCGGUCAAGCCUGAUGCAACAGCUUAAAUGAGAGGAGCUCACUUGCUCUUGUUGCUGAACCUCUCUACUGUUCUGUUAGCUGGCUAAAUUUGUAUGGAUCACCAUGGAACUCCUGGGAUGUUUACUCGGAGAACUAUCUUGAAGCUUUUCUUUUUGGCUGCCUUUUCUUAUCGUGUUACCUUGAGUUCCAGAAUGGCUGCAAUGUUUGGAGUAUCAGUUAAUGCACAUUUCUUACCGCGGGAAA